UCAGUCUGAUAAUGAGGCUGCAUUGAAAGGAGUAAAUUGGACUUAAAAUAGUCAAUAUUUAUCUAUGAUUACGUAGUGAGUAGCUUUCACAAACACUUUGCGGUCUUUGUGCUACACAGGACUGUCAUCUCUGCGCACUGUCACUUGUUGGAAAAUAUAAGUGUUGUGUUCUUCCCAAAAACAAGUCGUUAUUUGUAUUUUAAAACGGUAAGAAAACCCCACUACAGGAAGUAAAUUAAAGUUAAAUGUGCUAACUCGCAGGUGGUGGCAUAAUGGAAAUCGUCCGAGUUUAACUGCAACUGCGGAUUUUUGGAUUCCAGCUCGAGCACCGCUAUCAUCUGAAGUUGGAAAUCGCAAUCACUGCAAUGACCGACUCUUCAAAACCUCCUUUAGGGAGGAGGAUGAAGGCCCGUGCCCCGCCCCCGCCGCAGGUCCCUCUUCCCGCCCCACGCCACAUCUUCAGAAACGUUGUACCUGAUGGGGGAGGGACAUCUGACAUGGACGCCAAGGAGAACGUGCUGAGGCCCACUGUGGAUUUACAGCUCACCCUACCACAGGGACACCAGACUGCUAUAACUGAGGAGGGCAGUAAGGCGCUGAUGGACCUGCUGGUCGAGCUUUGCAGCCGUCACCACCUGAAUCCAGCGCUGCACACCCUGGAGCUGCUGUCGCCCGAGGGCCACUCUUUGGGGUUCAAGCCCAACGCGCUGCUGGGCUCCCUCAACGUGGCCUCCGUCCUCAUCAAGGAGAAAGUCUGGGAGGAGAAAGUGGUGCGCAGACCGGCUCCAAAAGUGCCACAGAAAACCGUGCGUUUGAUGGUGAACUACCACGGAAGCCAGAAGGCAGUGGUGCGGGUCAACCCGUUGGUACCGCUCCAGGCUCUGAUACCAGUCAUCUGCGAUAAGUGUGAUUUUGACCCCGAACAUGUCCUGCUCCUGAAGGACAGCAUCAGUCGCCACGAGUUACCGCUGGACAAAUCCCUGCUGGACCUGGGAUUCAAGGAGCUCUACGUACACGAUCAGAGUCUAGAGUCUAUCCGCUCUGGUACUAACGCUUUGGGCAGAGCAGAGAAGAAAGGCGUUCUGGGUAUCUUCCAGUUCAGCAAGAGGAAAACAAAGACAGAAACUACAUCUAUGGACAUGGAUGACUGUGAUGAUAGAGUUAUCCAAAAUACUGACACACAAUCCGAUCGUCUGUCCACUGCGUCAGGGGUCCUCAGUGUAGAAAAUCGGCCCUGCACCUUGGGCCAGUCUCAGUCAGUCGUGAACAUACCCAGGUUGUCUCCCAAGGCUGACCCCAAAAAGAGGAGGGCCCCAGCACUACCCGGGGCCCCAACGCCCAGCAUGGGACACAGUGGCUUUGAUGGUUAUGAGAUGGGCCUUGGCACAGAAACCCUGCAGAGGAAAAGAAAGGCUCCAGCCCCUCCACCCACCCCAGGCCCUGAUGACACUUCAACCUCCCCUUCUCCCAGCCUUGAUGCUACUGAAGCUCCUACCCCAGCCUUCCAUAUUAAGGUGGCACAGUCAAACACCGUCUCUUCCACCACUGUGGUAACGCAAACGGUAAAACCCGUCCCCUUGAAAACAGUAGCACAGCCUCCACCUGUGAUCGCUGCCUCCCCAUCCCCCAGCUCCCCGACCCCGAGCGGCAGCAGCACCACCACCGACAGCCUAGCGGUCCAGGACUCCAGCUCUGAACUCAGCCACAGCCUUGACGACUCCGACGCUGACCUAGACCAGGCUGUGUCAUACUGCAGCACCCUCACCAGCAGCACAGAGAGCGGCUCUGCCCGGGUCCAGCCCGCUAAGAAAAGCUCCAGCAGCAGGGUGGGGGAAUCCCAAAAGGCCCGCAGCACAACUGCCAAACUAGAUCAAAAGGCCACCUCAACCGUCAGCUCCAGAUCAGACACUGAGUCGGCCCUAAACCUGAAACUGGAUGACCUUGAGCACAACAGAAACAGCGCAAUGGGAGCCGCUGAUCGACCAGUGCCACCCAAACCUCGCCGUUCACCAGGGCCACCGCAGCUUGUCCUACCCCUUUCCCCAUCCUUCCCUCCCAUUGAGCCCACAGAAAGCAACUCCCUGCAGAGUCCCAUCGGGGCUGAGGAAGCGGCUCCCCAGUCUUGGCUCCACUCCAUGCAAAGCUCCGCAGCCAUUUUAAGGAAACCAGGAACGGGAACGCCUGACAUGGAGACCACGUCUUUGGGCAGCAGCAGUGGCAGCAGCAGCCUGCCUGACCAAGGUUACGCUGCCUCUGAGGGCAUCGCAGAGGGCGAGGACUUGGGCAUGGUCGGCUCUCCAUCUGAAACCCUACCCACAUCCCCGAAUGGGAGUUUGUCCCUGGAUGGAAAUAGCCAACGUGGACCAGAGAGGCUGCUGGGACCAGUGCGGGACAACUCCAGUGACAGCGACGAGGGCUGUGCGACGUGGGGAUCAAGACAAAGGCACAAUGACAUCAACCCACAAGCAAAGUCUGGCAGGUUAAAAAAAAAACAUGAAGAUGAUCCAGAGUUCACAGCCCAGCUCCAUCAGACUUUUGCAGAUUUUGAAGCAAACCUUGCAGAUCACAAAGGUAUAGCUUCAAAAAAGAAGACUCCUUAUACCAUGUCCACAGACAGUAAUGAGGUGCCGGUGUCUGUUGUGGACAUGGAUGUGCCAGUCACAGCCAUAGAUGAAGUACUGGAGGACUAUGAACGCCACAUUGUAGAAAAUGAGACAAAGUCACUCACCAGGACUGAGUCAGCUGGCAGCAAAGGUCCAGGCUUUUGUCACCAGUCGAGUGCGGAGUCACAGAACAAAAACAACAAUGCUUGUUCAGCUGCUGAUGGUAAUAAAAGCCGCCGCGCAAAUACUAAGCAGCUGUCUCAACCUGAGAAGCAUAGAAAGCCAUUGGAGAAUAAGUCUAUCUCUGAGAAAAAGGAAGGCAAGAUGCUAGAGGCAAAAAUUAAAGAGAUGCGUGUGAUUGAUACCAACAUUUUGAAAGAGGGAAAACAAAGAACAACAUCAGCAGUGAAAUCUAACGUAGACAUGCAGAAACACAGCAAGCACUCUGAGAUCAAGCCUGACCCUGUGACAAGUAACGCUCAAUCUUUUCAAGAGAAGAAGCCUGUCUUUCCACCAACCAGUCAGAUAUCAGUACCGCCUGUAGAGAAAGACAAAGAGAUGCACAGAGUUAGCCAGGGCCACAAUACUUCACACGGUCAAAUAACUCGUAACGUCACAUCACGCUUCGGUAUGAAAACGUUCACUGUGGUCCCUCCCAAACAUUCUGUUGCGCAUGCUGCGACGGAAGAGCCAGCUGUUAAACUAACUGUCGGUGCCAUUAAGAUUGACGAUCAAGGAAACAUGGUGAAAGUGGGUAUUUCUCGAAACAGAGUCGGCAGUGAGGCUGGAAUUAAUUCCAGUGAGGGGUCUCCUCUUCUUGGAAAAGCCAAAGCUUUCUGGAGCUCAAAUGAAAGACAAGAAAGUUCUGUGCCCCACAGCAAAGAUGUCAGUGAUAAGGUUAAAGAGAGCACAGAUGGCCUGAAUAGUAUUCCCACUGCAAUCUCAGUUCCUACCUUAAUGAGCAGUAAUACUGAGGACCUGAAAACUACUCCAAUUCUAGGUUAUAAACCUCCUGAGAGACUGCAGCCUAAAGAGAUAGUUAAAGAAGAAGCUAAAGAACCAGCAAGAGCCAUCAUACUUGCAAAAGAACAGCAGGUAGAGGUGGAGAGCCCAAUUUCAGUGUUCAACAACAAUCACCAGCCAAGUAAUUAUCCUACCCUUCCCCCUCCCAUGAUUCCAGACCUGAAGAGAGACCUGUCCUUCCUCAAACCAUCCAGACGGACCUCGAGCCAAUAUGUGGCGUCUGCCAUAACUAAAUACGCCCCAAAGACCUCAGAUAAACCCAGCUCUAUCUCUAAUGUACAUGACUCCUCUGCUUCUUUGAAGUCCCAGACUGUCGGUUUCCAGAGGUCAGGUCGCUCCAUAAAAGUGAAUCCAAACCAAUCCUCCCUGUCAUCUUUGUCAGAUAAUAAGGAGUAUCACUCUUCUUCUAAAUCAAACCCGCCAGGUCCUACGAGGUCUAUGAGCCACCCGGAGUAUAUUUCUGACUGCCAGACAGAUUUUGCAGGAGUGAGACCGGACAAGGAAGGAUUUGGAAGCUCUGUCGGGUCCACCAAAGCAAGUUUUAAUGUGCUGGAAACAGGAACAGCCAAGAAUAGGCUUAUUCAGUCUAGUGGCCCAACCCAAAAUAACAUGAUUGCCAGUAAUGACAGCGAUAAUAUUAAACAAAAUCGGUUAAGUAGCCCCAGCCCUGCACUAAGCAGAACUCCACAUUCAUCUGCCAAACUUCCCACGGCCUCCAAGACUGUAUCCGAAGACCAGACAACUAACGUGAGGGGCACGACCAAGGCAGUAACCAGUCUCACACCUGCUGCAAAACAACAGCCAUUUGUCACAGUGACAGACACGAGUGCUAACACAGGUCCUUCACCAGUCACCGUGUUUGGGCCAAUAAAAAAGUUCAGACCAGUGAUCUCUAGGUCUGUUGAGAAAGACACGUCACUGCAUGGCAGCCUGAUGGAGGCCAUCCAGACAGGCGGAGCCAGGGACAGGCUCAAGAAGCUAUCCACUUCUGGUCCCAGCAUCACAAAGAAAGCAUCCUAUGUAGAGGAGGAGAAUGAGAGGUCUGCUCUCCUGGCUGCCAUUAGAGCCCAGAGCAGCUCCGGGAGGCUAAAGAAGACCAAAUCUGGGGCUUCUGAUGAGGUUGAGAAGUUCAGGAACGUGACAUCCGAGGAGGCAGGCCCUCCUUCCUCUCCCUCUCCUUCCUUCUUCACCACACCACCAGCACCCAUGAUUGCACCUCCACCUCCUCCUCCUCCUGUCUUCUUGCCCGAGGGUAAGCCUAGCACUGUGGCAGGUGCUAACGCCCUCAUUAACCCUGGCGUGGCCAGGGAGGCUAUGCUGGAGGCUAUCCGCACUGGAUCUGCUGCUGAUAGGCUAAAAAAGGUCGCUGCGCCCACAAAGACAAUCCAAGUGAAUGGCAGACUGGGAACAAUCCAUGCAAGCUCCUCAACACUCCCUCAGCCAUAGGAGGGGAAGCCCACAUCACCGCAACAAAGGACAUAGUAACGCUAUAUAUAUCUCAUUUCAGGUUGUUGUUGUUUUUGCCAUUGUGCUUUUGCAAAAGACUUUUGGAAAACUGGAUUGAUUUGAUUGCCCUUAUGCUUAAAUGAUUUUGUAUGAAAGGAGAAUUAUUUAAAUACUACUUUUAUGUAUUUAUGUGGUGAAAGUUGCUCUCUUAGUAGCCAAACCAAUAACAUCUCUUUGAUCAUUGUGUCCCAGGUGAAAGAAUUGCAGUUAAUUCCAUGUAUAAUAUCAGUUAUAUCAGUUAGCUUUUGACUAUAGCCUGCUAGAGAGAGUUCAUGUCCAUCUUUACAACAUUUUGCGGUUCCUAAACAUAUCUUGCCAUCUGUACUUGAAUUCAGUAGUUGUAACUGGAAUGUUGUACAAAGUGUGUGCCAAUGAAAGCAGAUUUAAAUGGUUUAUGAUUUUGCUUUGUUUUUUCCUUGAUUUUUCCCCCCUAUUUUUUUACCGCAGUUAAGUUAUGGAUGCCUUAAACUGUUGCUCAGUCAGUGUUAUGUAUAUGAUGUUUGCUUUUAAAUUCAAUAUAGAGUGCAAUAAGUUGAAUCUGCUGAUUUUCCAGAUUUUAACUACUUAUUAUUUGUGUAACAAAGUAAAACAACUGAAAACGUCUGUGCAUUUACAAAAAUAAUGGAUAUAUCCAUUGACGAUGUUUGAUUUUUUUGUUUUGUUUAAAAGUGUAUUUUAUCCAGAUCUGGUCCAUAUGCCAACUUCUGCAUUUCUUGGCUCUGAGAAGAAAAAGGUGGUGAUGACUGAUUUGUGCCUUUUAUCUGAAUAUACUUCUAAUUUAGCUUCUAACCAUCACUUUUUGCUGCUGUUUAAGAUCUACUAAGACAUUUUCAUGCAUGGUGAGUGACCUGCAGAAACGGAUACUUGUACAGUAGCGAUACCACGGACCGUGCCUUUGAUGUUAGAUCUUUCUGAGAAAUUGAGAUUAACCUUUUCUUUCCUUAAAAUGUCAACAUUUUUGAAGCACUGUUAUUGAAAGAUGUCAAUGGUGGAUGUCACCAUGAGCAAAGACAUAAGACCAUCAAGUCACCAUGGAGAUGUAAUAAAAACCACCUCCAUCGUAGGAAAGCUGUAGGAAGGCAGUAGUUUAGGUUGCCUUAAUUUACGCACAUGGUAUUGCAUUCCUUUGUGCUUCAUUUUAAGUUUACAGUGUGGAAUAGCUAUGAUGGCUGUGAGAAACCUAGAGCAUUCAUAUUCAGGUAUAAAUGCUUGCUGCUGUUGAUUGUGAGAAGUCUGAGUAAAGGGAGUCCUAGUUUUAUAGAGAUUAUUUUUAAUUCUUGCUCACCUGUUUUUCCCUGAGAGGGAGAACCUUGAGAUAUUCUCUGUUUCUUUUUUUCACUAACUAGAAGGGAUUAUUUUAUUCACGCAAUAGCCUAUAUCACAUUGUAGCAUUGUAUAUUUUGUACACGAGAGGAUCACCUUAAAAGAUUUGAUACAAAUCGUCAAUAGAGAGCAAUCCACUGAUAGUGUGAACAUUUUAUAAGCUAUUGCUUUUUAAGUUUUAAGUGCACAUUGUUUUUUUGGGAUGGUUAUUUUUGUCUGCCCUGAUUUUUGAUUCAAUAAAUAAUUUUGCAAUCAACUCAAAAGUGACUUUCACCUGUUAUUCCUGUAUUUUGUCUUUCCGCAAUAAAAAUGUGAGCCAUUUGCAGCAAAUAUA